AUGGACACGUCGUCAACCCUCGCGACGAGCGCCACCCCGACAAUUCCCGCCGAACAGCUUGCCGCACUUACAUCGCUGCUGUCGGGACUCACCGCUGCCGCUUCCGGCACUACCGCACCCGCCACGACAUCCGGCUCCAAUCGCAAUGCCUUCCCGAAGCAUGCGCGGUUGGACGGGCCGAAGACGUUCGCGAACUGGACACGCCAGCUUCGCCUGUGCCUAGCGGACGACAUCCGCUCCUACGUCCUCGACGGAAUCACCCCCGACGAUUGGACGCCUUCGCAACGCUCCGCCCGCGACGUCGUGGCACGCGAGAUCCUUGCAAACUCAAUCGACUCGGCCGAAGUCUCGGCAGUCCUCGACAAGAUCCCUACGGCCGACCUCACAGCGCCCAAGAUUUACUCGACGCUGAAAUCGCGAUACGCCCCUGAUGACGCCACUCGCACGCUCGAGCUCUUCUCGCGACUCUGGGGCUUCCGACCCAUGCCCGGAACGGUUGGCGAAUUUGACAGUUGGAUCAUGGACUUCAAGUCGGUCGCGCAAGAGAUCAUCGAUACGAAAACGACGAUCAACGACGUCCUUGCCACACUCCUCCUCGCGAUCGCCCACCCGUCACUCGAGAGCUUCAAGGCAACGUUCACCAACGAACAACGCACGCAACGAACUCUCCCUGACAUCGAUUCAGUGGCCGACCGUAUGCGAGUUCAACUCCGGUCAACGAACCUCUCCAACGAUCAAUCGGCCCUCCUUGCCUCGUCGUCGCCACGUUCUACCCGUACCAAGUGCCUCGCCUGUCGCAGCCCUUCUCACCGCGUCGCACAAUGCCCUACAAGGGCCCAGCAUCCACCGCCAGGCCCGUGUCGCUCCUGCAAGAAGAAGGACCACUGGUCUUUCGACUGCAAAAAGGCUCUUGAGGACGGGAAAACGCCCGACACCUCUGAUGCGCAACACCAUGUCGGAUGUCUCGCCACCGGUCUUCUCGCACAUCGUCGUCAGCUUCGCAACAACUCCUUCGUCGUCGACUCGGGUGCCACUUCGCACAUGGUCUCGGACAAGUCGCUGUUCACGGCCUAUCGCCACAUCGCUCCUACGAAGAUUGGUGGUAUUGCAGGGGGCAUCAACGCCGUCGGAACGGGAAACAUCGCCUUUGUUGCCGCCUCCGGUCACCCGAUCACGCUUACCGGCGUGUUGCACACCCCGGGCCUGUCUGUCAACCUCCUCUCGGUCUCUCGACUUUGCGACACCGACGAUGUCCGUGUCGCCUUCACGAAGCACGGCAUCCAUAUCGACAAGAACGGCAAUGCUAUCGCUGAAGGCGCAAGACUCGAGGAAGGGCUCUACUUGCUGGACGCUGAUCAUUCCAAAUGUCAGCAUCUCGCUCUCCUCUCUCGCUCACAGUCUUCCGUGCCCCUGCUGACCCUUCACCGCUGCCUCGGCCAUCUCGCACCGUCGUCCAUACAGAAGAUGGUUGCCGCUGGUUUGCUGGAAGGUCUCGGGGCCGGAUAUAGUGACGAAGAGGUAGAGAAGUUUGUCUGCAAUGCUUGCCUCAGUGCAAAGGGCCAUCGUCUUCCUUUUCCCGAUUCGGACUCGCACUCCUCAGAGAGACUCGGCCUCGUACACAGCGAUGUGCUUUCCUUUCCCGAGUCGUCCUUGACUGGCAAGCGUUACCUGGUCACGUUUCUUGACGACUUCUCGCGCAAACUGUGGGCAUACGCGAUCGGACACAAAAGCGAAGUCUUUGGCGUGUUCAAGACAUGGCUUGCCGAGGUCGAACUCGAGACGGAUGCAAAACUGAAGGUCCUCCGAACCGACAAUGGUGGCGAAUACUGUUCGAGAGCGUUCACGGAAUUCUGUAAGGCACGCGGCACACGUCGACAAUACUCUAUCCCUCGAACGCCUCAACAGAACGGUCGUGCCGAACGAGUCAAUCGUUCUAUCGUCGAAGGUGUCCUUGCCCUCCUUGCAGACGCCCACUUACCCAAAUCAUUCUGGGAGGAGGCAGCAGCUUAUUUCGUCUACUGCAAGAACCUGUGCGAACACUCGGCCCUGGACAAGGCAACACCGAACUUCGCCUGGCAGGGCGACCGCACCAACGCCUCGGCGCUUCACCCGUUCGGCUGCACGGCUUGGCUCACAGUCGCGCCUGAACUUCGCUCGAAACUCGACCCGAAAGCGGUUCGCGUUCUCUUCACCGGCUAUGACCUGGCUUCUAAAGCCUUCCGUUUCUACGACACGACGACCAAGAAGAUCAGUUUGGGCAGAAAUGCCAGGUUCCUCGACAACGAAUUUCCCGGGUUACGUAGCGACUCCACCGAGCAAGACGCCGACACGCACUUCGCCAGCGCUUGCCCGACCACCGAAUCCCAAGCCGUUGUCAAGACAUGGACCCCACUAGUAAGGUCGGCGCACAUGGACGUCUCAUCCUCUCUUGAUGACUCUGCCAUGAGCGCCGUUGACGUGGCCCCAGGGUACACUGGCGGAACCUUACUUAAUUCCACAGAUGCCGAAUCGUCCUCGUCACCGUCUCCUGAGCCGUCCUCGUCACCGUCGCCCGCAACUCCCUUGUCACCGUCGCCUGCGCUGUCACCGUCGUUGGCUGCGUCAUCGUCACCCUCGGCCUUACCGACCGACUCUGACUACUCCGCCGACCCUCUGGACCUCAUCGGCUCACAGACCCCGACUCGCCUCGGCCCACCGGACGUGCACCGCCCAGACUUCAGCACGUACCGUGAGCCCGCAUCGGCUGAGGAGUCGCCCGACGAACUCGACAUCAUUGGGCGCCACUCGCGCGAUGAAUCGCCGGACGAAAUCGAUUUCCUCACCCAACACCACCGCGCCUUCAUCGCCACCGACGACGACAACUCUGACACAGAAGCCAUUCAACCAGUCAAGUCCAUCACCAGCGACCCACAGACAUGGCGCGAGGCAAUGUCGAGUGACAAGCGCGAAGUGUGGGCCAAGGCCGCUACCGACGAGUUCAAUUCCAUGCGCGACGACUUCAAGGUCUUCACCAUCGAGGACCGAUCCACGGUACCAGCGGGUGCGACCAUCGUCACAUCCAAGUUCGUCUGGAAAACGAAACGGAAUGCACUCGGCGAAGUCACCGGCCACAAGGCACGGCUCGUGGCGCAGGGAAAUCGGCAACGCGACGGCAUCGACUUCAACGAAACCUUCGCACCAGUCGCACGCUUCUCCUCGAUACGCUCACUCCUCGCGCUGGCGGCCGCCAACGGCUUGCACGUGCACCAGGCGGACAUCGACAAAGCCUAUCUGCAUGGCGACCUUGACCAUGACAUCUGGAUGACGACACCGCGCGGCUUCGACCUUCCCACCGACAAGGUGCUUCGUCUGCGACGCUCCAUCUACGGACUCAAACAGGCUGGCCGAAUCUGGAAUCGACACAUCGACGCAUCGCUUCGAGAUCUCGGCUAUACGGCGACGGGCACCGACCACUGCGUGUACUCUCGGAUCGACGAUCGGCGACGCCCACACUACAUCGCGCUGACAGGCAACGUCGGAGGGGAUGACGAUGACUACACGCGAGAGACGAGGGAGAGAGCGAGAGAGCGCGCGAAAGCGCGAAGGAGCGAAAGGGGUGUCGACCGAGGCGGCGGCAGUCGACCGAGAGGCAACCGCGGAGGAUACGCGGCUGCAAGGCUCGCAGCAAGUCCAGUGUACCGAACUAUGGUAGCCAACGAGGUCGGACAGAAGAGGGAGGGCAAACGAUCCAAGAAAUAG